AUGCAGGGACUGGUGGCGGCGUCGUGCAUGCGUGCGGCGGCGAUGCUGAUGCUAGUGUGCGGUAUCAUGUCGGAGGAGGCAGUCAGGAGCGUUCCCUCCCUCCUCCCCCAGCCACAGAGCAUCAAACUCUUCGAUGGUCCUCCUCUCAAGGUGGUGGGCUCGACGGUGUGCAUCUUUAGGCCGGAGGAGGCGGAGAGCUUGGAGGACACGUCUUCUCGCUUCUACAAGAACGUGAAGAGAGCUUCUCCUAGAGACGUCGAGCUGCUCUUUGGUGGUCACGACGUCAAGCAUCCUUUGGCGACAGGUUGCUCGCGGGAUGAGGAGGAUAAGUUUCUUAUCCAGCUGAAGAUCUUGGACGUCCGCAAACGAAAAUCCAAAGCUCUUGCCAAACUGCUCCUCUCUCACGAGUCGUACAAGCUGACGGCCCGGAACAACACGGUAGUGAUAGCGAGCUACUACGAGGAAGGCUUGUUCCGAGGGUACCAGACCCUCCUGCAGCUCUUUGAGUCCGCCGGAUGGGAUGGGAGCUCUAAGAGCUGGAUAGGCACCGCGAUCGAUCAACUGGAAAUCACAGACUGGCCUUUGUUGGCCAAUCGCGGCGUCAUGCUCGACAUAUCCAGGAAUCGCGUCCACACGCUUGAGACCUUCAUGGGCAUCAUCGACAUGCUGGCUAGGGUCAAGAUCAACCAGCUGCAGUUGUACACAGAGCACACGUUUGCCUUCGAGAACCACAGUCGGGUCUGGAAGGACACAGGGGCUCUCAACGGCUCCGAGGUCCUUCUCCUUGCCGAGUACGCGCAUGAGAGGUACAUCAAGUUGGUUCCGAACCAGCAGUCGUUCGGGCACAUGCAACACUGGUUGAAGCACGAUGAGUACAAGCACCUGGCCGAGCACGAGCCCGGCUCCGACCGCCUCUGGACGUUCGAGUUCUGCUGUUCGCUCUUCUCGGACCGUGAGAAGCUCCCGUACAGUCUGGCGCCAGACGCCAACUCUGUCCAGUUCCUGGACUCUCUUUACGGGGAGCUCUUCAAAGCCUUUCCAUACUCUGAGAACAUAAACAUUGGAUUCGAUGAGACGUACGACCUUGGCAUGGGGAAGAGCAGGCAGGCGGUAGCGCGGCAGGGGCAGCACCACGUGUACCUGGAGUUUCUCGAAGAGGUCGUUGGUGUGCUGAAGAAGUACAACAAGAGCGCCAUGUUCUGGGGGGACAUCAUUGCCGAGCACUGGCAGGCCUUAAGCAGACUGCCCAACACCUCAAUAGUGAUGGAUUGGGGCUACGAGGCCAGGGCUCCCUUCCGAUUCCGGGCCGCUCGGUUCCAGCAGCACGGGGUGAAGUUCUAUGUCUGCCCGGGCACAAGCUCAUGGCUAAGCGUCGGGGGGAGGACGGAGAACAUGGUUCUGAAUGUUCUCAACGCGGCCACAGCAGGCUCCAUGUACUCUGCCGAGGGCCUUCUCGUGACGGACUGGGGGGACGGAGGGCACAUGCAGCCUCUCGCCGUGUCUGUCCCAGGAUACGGAGCAGCAGCAGAGUUCAGCUGGAACAUCAACUUAGAGCGCUCCUUCAGUGCCGAGGGCGUGACGGAGCAUCUCGUCGGGAAGGUGAGCAGGUUCGUCCUCAACGACCGCUCGGGCGUCAUCGGGAAGGUCCUGAUGCUUCUUGGGAGCCUCUACAAGGUGGUGGGCUCGCAGACCCUGGCCAACCGGAGUGCCUUGUUUGACAUCUUGAUCCUCUCCAACGUCAGAACCACGGUGGUCAACCAUGUCAUCGUCGGGCUGCACAUCACAAGGCACGGCCUGCAGCAGGCCCUUCGCAUGCUCAAGGAGGCCUCGGCGCUGCUCACCGGCGAGCUAGCGAAGUACGACGUGGAGGGAGCAGAGCAGGGGCCCUUGAACAUGCACUUGUCGAUCAGAGAGCUCAUGUGGGCGGUCAACUUCCUCACGCUCUCGAGUCAAGUCGGUCUUGAGUGCAUCGAACUCGGGGAUGCUCGUUGCGAUCUCUCGAAAAUUCCACGAGCAAGAGGAGAGCAGCUCGGCGUUGAGGCCCAACGCCUCAGGGAGCGGCUGCAGGUCAUCUGGCCUGCGAGGAGCAGGGAAGGAGCUGGGCUCGACGACACUCUCCUGCGCCUGCAGCAUGUCGAGGGGGUUCUCAAAACCGGCAAGAGCUCCAGAGUGCGAGGAGAUGGACAGACGGGAGGGCAGAAAGCUGGACUUUUCUCCUUCCUCAGCCGCUUCAUGAGGAAGAGCGACCCUAGGGGAGAUGAAGCGCGAGGGGGGGAGAGGAGCGGCGAGCUCUAG